AUGAGGUUCUCUCACUUUCUCCAAUACAAUUCUGUACCGGAAUGGCAGAGUCAUUAUAUGAACUAUGAACAGCUAAAAAAUCUGAUUUACACUCUACAAACGGAUGAAUUGAAACAAAGUGCGGGACCGUCUCAAGAACCGCCAAGUCCAACUGAAGAAACCCAACCAGAUAAUGAAAUUCAGAGAGACAGUUCUUCAACCUCAGUGAGAGGUAUCACAUCCAGGUUAAAGAACAGUAUCUUCUCUUCAAAGAACAAAGUCAAGAAAGAUCCAGUUGAUAAUAUGAAAAUGACUAACGCAAAUGAAGAAACAAUAGAACUGGAUGACUUGUCCCUUGCUCCAGAACAAGAUAGGGCAGGGAAGCCCAAAAAGAGUCAUAUAUCUGUUAAGAACCUGAGGCCGAAGCUAUUUGAAUCUCGCCGUUCCUCUGACUCAAGUGACGCCAGAACUUUAAGCAGCCCGUAUGACACAUUUUUGGGCAGUUUGGAACAGGAAAGAACGAAGAUUGAUGAUUUUUACAAAAGGAUGGAAGUUAAAUUCUAUGAGAGAUUUGAUUCUUUGCUAAAAGAUUUGGAAGGUGAGGGAUUAAAUGUUUUUGAUGAGGCUUUUGCGUAUGGAGAUGAAGAUAAAGAGGGCAAGACGGAAGCAAUACGUUCCAAUAUACUCAGUAAGGCCGAGCGCCACUCAACCAACUCAUUCGAAAUAGGCAUCUCAGCAGCUCAUUCAGAACUUCGAAACAGGUUUGACAUUUCGGAAGAGGAUUUCGAUGAGGAAGAUGAACUGGGAUACGGUAUUGACGACGUUCCAGAAAACAGUGCUUUACUAAAUUACUCGCAGGUUAACAUCAAAUCACAAAAGAAAUCGAUUUUAAAGCAGUCCAUUGUUAAUUUAUACAUUGACAUGUGUCAGCUAAAGUCUUUUAUCGAGCUCAAUAGGAUUGGUUUCAGUAAGAUUACGAAAAAGUUUGACAAAGUCUUACAUAUGAAUAUGAAACGUGAAUUGAUCGACUCUCAGGACUUCUUCAAGAACGUUUACAUUUUUCAAGAACACACCCUCGAUGUGUUGAACCAAGUGAUACAACUACUCGUGGAGUGCUACGCAUUCAUAACUGACCAACCAGGUAGCCUAGAUAAAUGUAAAAAGGAGUUGCGCUCUUUUCUACACGAUCAUAUAGUAUGGGAAAGAAGCAAAACCUGGAAAGAUAUGCUAGGUCUUCUGUCACAGGAUAAGAACAUCAGAACUGAUUUGGAUAUUGAGGAGGAAAAGAGUCCAAGUAAUGAAAGAUUACAUUUGGAUAUGUAUAGCUACCGCCUUCCAAGACCUUUUCACUGGAAAUUUGUCAAUAUAACACAUAUAAGUGUUCCCAAACUGUUUUUCACCAUCAAGGCAGCCAAAUUGGCUUUCAUAAUAACGUUUACAGGGAUAUUGCUGGGUGUUAAAACUUUUAAUGAUAGGAUUGAAGGUAGGUGCAUGGCAUUAGUCGAGUGCGUGGCCCUGUUGUGGGCAACGGAAGCUAUUCCUUUGUAUAUUACUGCAUUAUUGGUGCCGCUAUUGACUGUUCUUUUUAGAGUCUUGAGAGAUUCCAAUGGAAAUGCAAUGAAAGCGGCUGCUGCCUCCUCGGAAAUUUUGUCAACAAUGUGGUCUUCAACUAUCAUGAUUUUGUUAGCAGGUUUCACAUUGGGUGAAGCGCUUGCUCAGUACGAUGUGGCAAAAAUUUUGGCGUCCUGGUUACUAGCUUUUGCGGGAACCAAACCUCGUAACGUUUUGUUGAUGGCAAUGUGUGUCGUUUUCUUUUUAUCAAUGUGGAUAUCAAAUGUUGCCUCUCCAGUCCUGACGUAUUCUUUAUUGAAACCUUUAAUGGAUCCUCUGGAUGCAGAUGCCCCAUUUGCAAAGGCGGUUGUACUAGGCGUCGCACUUGCCGCCGACUUGGGUGGUAUGGCAUCUCCUAUCUCAUCUCCCCAAAAUAUAAUAUCCAUGGACUACCUCAAGCCAUACGGGAUAGGCUGGGGUCAAUUUUUUGCCGUGGCUUUGCCUUGUGGAGUUUUGUCAAUGCUGCUCAGUUGGGGGCUAAUGUGCCUAACUUUCAAAAUUAAUACGACCAAGUUAGAAAAAUUCACACCAAUCAGAACGAAGCUCACUAUGAAACAAUGGUAUGUGAUAAUCGUUACGGUUGCUACUAUUCUUUUAUGGUGCGUGGAAAGUCAAAUUGAAUCUGCCUUUGGCUCCUCUGGCCAAAUUGCAAUAUUACCAAUGGUACUUUUUUUUGCUACUGGACUGCUUUCCACAAAAGACCUAAAUACAUUUCCCUGGUCUAUUGUGAUUUUAGCAAUGGGUGGUAUCGCACUGGGAAAAACGGUUUCCUCUUCUGGCUUACUACAAACUAUUGCCAGAUCUUUGCAACGUAGAAUCGAGAACGAUUCUUUGCUGGCAAUUCUAUGCAUCUUCGGUAUUCUCAUGCUUGUUGUGGGUACUUUCGUGUCCCAUACUGUAUCUGCCAUCAUUAUCGUGCCGCUGGUUCAAGAGGUUGGUGAGAAGUUGGGGUCUCCCAAAGCCGCUCCAGUGCUCGUUUUCGGAUGUGCCCUCCUGGCAUCGUGUGGUAUGGGUUUAGCAUCUUCAGGUUUUCCUAACGUAACCGCUAUAUCUAUGACCGACAAGAAUGGCAAACGUUAUUUAGAUGUUGCAACCUUUAUUUCAAGAGGUGUACCGGCAUCGUUAUUAGCGUGGCUUUGCGUUGUAACGUUAGGAUAUGGUAUUAUGAUAUCAGUGGUCAAGGGGGUCCCCAGCGCGACAUGA